CUCCGCCUCACUUUCCCUCCUCUGCCCCCACAGCAGCUUCCUUCCCAUUCCCAUGGAGUCUGCCUGAACCCAGCGCAUGUUGCCCGCUGUCUCACUCAAAGCAAAUGGGGAACUGGCCCGUUCUGGGCGACAGAAUAUGAAUGGUGUAGAGAGGGCAUUAUAGGAGAAAUUUUACGCUGCUGCCAACUUCCGCCCACGAAUGAUCAAAGGCGAAAAUGGCCCUAUGAGGCACCCUUAGCCGAGGAACCCAGUGGCAUGAUGGGGAUUGUAGUUUUUACCUUUCCCUUGCGCAUUGGGCCGAGACAGUGCAGCUGUUAGAAAAAAAAGGCAGCAGCUUGAAUGGCAGUGGUGGAAUUACAAUAAACGGUUUCCCCAGAACUGUGAACCUUACAAGCAAUCGAAAGUCUUGGUUGAAGACACAUUUAAAAGUUUCACUCAUCUCUGCAUUUCAUUCUGGUUUUUCAGAGUGUAAAAAGCCUAGAAUUUUUAAUUAAAAUGAGUAGAGAAGAAUUAAGUGCACCUCUUCGUUGUCGGAAAUGUAGAAAAUGUGUAGCUGAUUCUGACAGCUUCAUUAAGGAUCAAGCAUGGGGGUUUAACCACGACUCCUCAGAUAAUCAGAAUUCAUGCACUAUAUGGCACAUGGAUGUAGGAACGGUACCAGACUGGAUAAGUAGGCUCAUAGAAAAGGCACACUGGACUACUGGAAAGCUAAAUUGCCCUGUCUGUGGGGCACGCCUUGGGGCCUUUAACUUUACUGGGAAUUCAAAAUGCUCCUGUGGCCAAAUCGCUGUAUUAUAUUUGUGCAAAAGCAAGAUUGAUUAUGAGGCAGCUCUCCCAUUAAGGAUUCUUAAACCACAUGUGAAGAUUGUGCCAAACUCCAAAGAGCAGUCUGCAUGUAAAAAAGAACUCAAACGUAAAUUGAUCCAUGGAUUGGUAGAAAGGCACAGUCACAAGAAUUUAACCAUGGACAAAAGCCAGCAAGCAAUGGGAAGAUUAGCCGAGGCUCUUUGCCUGGAAGUGCAUUGGUCCAAACAAUUUGAGGUGAGGAGGACAAAGAUCACAUCUUUUCGCUCAGAGAACACUAAAGCGAAGUGUAGCCAAUAUAUUUGUCAUAGAAAAUCAAAAAGUUUGGAUUUUGUUUUUUUUGAAAAUUCAUCUGAUAUUUAUAACAGCAUAGCUUUCUCCAAUCGUCAAGCAGCAGGUGGCUGUUUAAAUGUAUGCAGUGGAACCUCAAGUCAAUUGUUAAGUGUUUGCAACAGAUUUGGCAACGACAACACACAAAUAAGAUUAAUUAAGGGAGAACAAACUCAAGACCGUUGCAUUACUGGUGCUGAGAAUGUGCUUGCAGUACAGCUAUGCUCAAGUCCCCAAAGGAACUCUGAUCAUGCACCAACGUCAACUAACAACAUGGCUCCAGAAUCAACAGUGAGAGAAGAUAUCUCACAAAUCCCUCCUGUUGAUACCGUCCCCACUCUCAACCCUCCACCUCCAUCAUCCAGCUUAGUAGCUGUCAAUCAAAGACUAAAGAAAAGAGAAAUAAAUAAGCUAAAAAGUCUAAGGAGGAAGCAAAGAAAGAGGGAAAAAUGGCUUCAACAACAGACUGCCAAAGUCAAUGACAGUACCGAUGAAGAGAAUGAGCAUAUUAUGGAAAAGGAAAGUUACAUCUGCGCAGUUUGCUUGGAUAUUUAUUUCAAUCCUUACAUGUGCAAUCCUUGUCAGCACAUAUUCUGUGAACCAUGUUUGCGAAUGAUUGCCAAAGACAAUCCAACAAAGACGUUAUGCCCGCUCUGUAGAACGACAAUUGCACGAGUGUGUUUCCAGUCUGACUUGAACAAAUCAUCUCUUGCCUUUUUCCCCAAUGAAUAUUUGAAAAGGAAAGAAUGUUUCCAAAGAGCAAAUUAUUCCAAAUGGCCACUACCCAACAGCAACCGGUUGUUUAGAGGAUUUGGAGAGGACACUUAACCACUUCAUCUGGCAAGACAAACAACCGAGGGUAAAAUUCCAGACGGCACAGUUAUCCAGAGCGGCGGGUGGCCUGGGUAUACCAAAUAUUCUAUCAUUCUGCAUCGAUACUGGAAUCUGCAGUACUUAUGCAUGCCCCUCGGGGGCAAAAAAAUUGGAUAGACCUGUAAGCAGAGUUUGCUAACCUCCGAUCACUGGAACAAUAUUUCUGGCUGGAUAAAGAACACAGACCACCCUCACUAACCUGCUACCUACCACAAGUUUUACGCUACAAACAUGGCAAAAACUGGCAUUGAAACAUAACUUUGGCUUGUUUCCCUCACCACUGUUCCCGCUAGUGGUGCUACCUAACAUUCCCCAGAUCCAAAUCACAUCUUGGUGCCAAAAAGGGAUACGUGCAGUAGCAGAUCUAUACCCACUCAACUCCCCUGCAACGUUUGAGAACCUGGCUGAGAAGUAUAACCUUGAACAAACUGACCAUUAUGCUUACCUACAAAUUACCCACUGGCUCCGCUGUUAAGAACUACAGGACUAUUGGGGCCAAAACAUUUAUGGAAUACCUCUGCAAGCAGGGCUGGAAUGGGAAAAGGCUCAUUUCAAACUGUUACAAACAGCUCCUAGCCCAAGACCCUAACGAUAAACUCCCAUAUGUGAGCAAGUGGGAACAAGAUCUCAAAAACAACAAUGACAAAGGAUAUUAACCAUAAGGAGGCCUACAUCAAACUCAUCUACAGAUGGCACUUAUCUCAAAUCAUACCACAUUAUCCGGUUUGCUGUUGGAGAGGCUGUGGAGCCCAAGGCUCGCUCUUACACAUGUGGUGGGAAUGCCAAAUCAUAAUUCCGCUCUGGCAACAAGUCUUAGACCUCAUAACCCAACUAUUAGGCCAGCAAAUUCCUAUGAUCCCUGAAGUGGCUUUAAUACAACUCUACCCAGUGAAACUCCCCAAACCUACAAGGCAACAGCUUUUUCAGAUCCUUAAUGCUACGACCACCCUGAUCGCAAAAUACUGGAAAUCCCCCAAAUCACCGUCUUUGCAGGAAUGCAAAAAUCGUAUUGACGUUAGAUGCUCCAUGGAAAGAGCGGCAGCAGAGAGAGAAGGCUCCUUAGACACCUACCUUAAAAUCUGGGAAAAAUGGGCUAACUAUAAAAUAAUGCAAAAUAACCCCUACAUAAAGAUCUUAGAACUUAGUUAAUGUUUAGACAUGAUAGCUGAUCUGUUUAAAUUUGAUUUUCUUUUUAUUUUUUAGUUGUACGGACUAUAUAUUAUAAGCACUCUAGUUGGUAUAGUCUUCAACCAGCAACUAUCCACACUAUGUGUACGCAUUGUUGUGUACUAUAUCGCAUCACUUAAUCGCAGCUUUUUACUUGACUGUUGAACAUAUAAAACUAAAACAAAAAAAUAAAGUUGAUGUUCCACCACCAGAUAUCAGGUCCCAUGCAUGGCUCUGCAACAUUUAAAGGUAUUACAGGAAGGUACUUAGUAGAAAUUGUACAGGCAAGUGCAAAUAACCACCAUGCAUGAAGGUUAAUUUGUUUCGGGGAAAGGUAGUCUCCUUAUAUAUUUGUGUUCCUUUUACUUUGCCAUUUAGCUAUUUGUAGCUGAAAAGUGUUUAAACAAUCUGAUUUGAAUAUACCGCAAUGAAAGAAAAUCAUUCUGUUUUAUCAAAUAAAGAUGUAACUGA